AUGUUUGACAGAUCCUCAUCAUGGGAUGACAAGGCAGGGAUACAGACUCUUAUACCUACAAUCUUGACUUUUGGAUUGCUGGGUUACCCCUUCGUUUUAGCUGAUAUGGUUGGUGGAAAUGCAUAUGGCGAUCUGGUAACAUUUAAAGGUGGAGCUUAUCCAGAUAGAGAACUAUUCAUCAGGUGGAUGGAAAUAAAUACCUUCUUUCCCACCAUACAAUAUUCUAUAGCACCGUGGAUCUACGAUACUGAAGUGAUAGAGCUUUGCAGGAAAUACACUGAUUUACAUGCUAAAUAUGCUCCUAUGAUGGUAAGUUUAGCAAAGGAAUCAAUGACAACAGGGGACCCAAUAAUUCGUCCGAUUUGGUGGAGUUCUCCAAAGGAUGAGACUGCGUUAACUGUGGAUAACGAAUUCUUAGUAGGAAACUCAAUUCUUGUUGCUCCUGUUAUAAAAAAAGGUCAGACAUCUCGGGACAUUUACCUACCAUCUGGUGUAUGGCAAGAUGAGUUAAAAGGUGGGAGACACCAAGGACCGAAAUGGUUGCUGAAUUAUAAAGUAGAAUUAAGAGAACUACCAUACUUUAAUGCCUUAUAG